AUGAGAGGCAAUGGGCAUGCGUCAACGUCGAACCCAACGCCUUGUAUCGGUUCUACGAACCCCUUGCCCUCUACAACUUUGACCAGCGAGGAUGACGCACGACGGCUCAUACGAGCGCUCGUAGCGCAGGUGGAACCGGUGAUGCGAGCUCACGGACUUGUCGUGAACGACUUGGCGGAGUAUGAGUAUAACGAUGUCUUCGCGGGAAGGAACAUGAACAGCGGCGCAAGAGUGGAGCUCGUCCUUCGCCGCAAAGAUGGGUCGUUCUAUUCGCCUUCUUGGCUUCUGUGCACUUUAUGUCAUCAAUUGGCACACAACAAGCACAAGGACCACAGUCCUGCCUUUCAAGCUUACUGGGAUCGUCUGAGGAAUGAUGUACGCGCUCUCCAAGCCGAGGGCCACUAUGGAGACGGAUUUUGGUCGUCCGGGGCGCGUCUCAGUGACGCAGCCCGCAUCCCAAUGGAUGAGGAGAUGGAUGCGACGGGGCUUCCCGAGUACAUCUGCGGAGGGGCACUCGAACGGAUUCUGUCGACCCGCAAGAAGCGGCGGAAGCGAAUGGAACAUGGAUCCGUAGCCCGUACGGGCGCGCAGACGCCUAAGCGUCGCAAAGCAGGCGCUCGCGUCACCAAAGACUUCGGCGCAGGCGGGCGGACGUUGAGUGGAGAGUUAGAGGGCGAGGGCGACAAACGUGGUGCGGGCUUUAGGAAGCAGACCCAGAGUAAGACAGCUAGAGAGGAGCGUGCGGCGGCCAUCGAGAGGCGGUUGGUCGCCAUGCAAGGCGGCGGCGCUGUGGAACCAGCGGCGCCUCCUGGAAGCUCUCAACCGUAUACAGCCUGCGAGGAUUCCGGGCGCGGGUCGGAAAACGAGUCUGAUACGGAGACCGUCGUCGGGCGGGAAACGGACGCGGAGCGUCGACAGGCUUUACUGGAGUCCGUCUGUCGGUCAGAUCCAGACGCAGACAUGAGGAAGGUCAAGCCAUCCAAUAGUCGAAAAGUAGCAAAGGCCAGCAUGGUGAAGAGCGAGGUAGCGCUCCGUAAGAAGGAAAAUCUUGGGCUUGCACUCACUAAUCAGCGCAAGCAAACGAUUGGCGAGGUUCCGCAAGCGCAAUGGGAUGCCGGUUUAUGA